UCCAAUUAGCCCUUGCUUUCCUGAUCAUGGUCAACAAGACACUCCAUUACUGGGAUCCUGCAUUUGAGGAUGGUGUCAUCAACAUCAACGUUGGGGGUCUGAGAAGAAGGCUUAGCUCAAGUGCCCUUUCCAAGUUUCCCGACACCCGCCUUGGGCGCUUGCUUUCCUGUGACUCUGAGGAGUCCAUCCUGCAACUGUGUGAUGACUACGAUGUGAGUGCCCGGGAGUUCUACUUCGACCGAAACCCCGGUUUCUUCCUGUACGUGCUUCAUUUCUACCAAACUGGCAAGCUUCAUGUUAUGGAGGAGUUGUGUGUGUUUUCCUUUUGCCAGGAGAUAGAGUACUGGGGUAUCAACGAGUUUUUCUUGGACUCCUGCUGCAGUUACCGCUACCAUGAACGGAAACUGGAGAGCCGGCAUCACAGCUGGGAUGAGGAGAGUGAGGUUAGCAGUGUGGACACCUCCCCAGAUGAGAUUUCUGAUUUCAACCAUGACCUCCUACGCUACAGCACUUUGUGCUGUGGCAAUCUGCGGAAGCGACUCUGGCUUACCAUGGAGAACCCAGGCUACUCCAUCCCAAGCAAACUAUUCAGCUUUGUGUCCAUCAGUGUGGUGCUGGUCUCCAUAGCAACCAUGUGCAUCCACAGUAUGGAAGAGUAUCAGCUGGUGGACGAGAAUGGCAAUACAAUGGAUGACCCUGUACUGGAAUACCUGGAGUACUUCUGCAUCUCCUGGUUCACUUUUGAAGUGACGGCCCGUUUGCUGCUGUCACCUGACCUGAAGAAGUUCUUCAAACACCCCUUGAAUCUGAUUGACAUUGUCUCAGUGUUGCCUUUCUACUUCACCUUCUUGGUGGAUAUGACUGUGGGGAAGGAGCCAGAGCUAGGGAACCUGGGCAAGGUGGUGCAGGUGUUCCGUCUCAUGAGGAUAUUCCGGGUGCUGAAGCUGGCACGACAUUCAACGGGCCUGAGGUCUUUAGGAGCUACCUUGAAGCACAGUUACCGAGAGGUGGGGAUUCUGCUGCUGUACUUGGCUGUUGGGGUGUCUGUCUUCUCUGGCGUGGCCUACACUGCUGAAAAGGAGGAAGAUGUUGGCUUUGAUACUAUCCCUGCCUGCUGGUGGUGGGGAACGGUUAGCAUGACCACCGUAGGCUAUGGAGAUGUUGUGCCUGUUACUAUUGCUGGCAAGCUGGCGGCCUCUGGAUGCAUCCUGGGUGGGAUUUUGGUUGUGGCCCUGCCCAUAACUAUCAUCUUUAACAAGUUCUCCCACUUCUACCGCAGGCAGAAGGCCCUUGAGGCCGCUGUACGGAACAGCGACAAGAAGGACCCUGAGGAUUCCGAUUACCCAAGCCAAGAGUCGGAGAUUCUUAGUGAAGCUUUUCAAAGAGAUGACAUCUCAGACCAUGGUGACCUCACCAGAAGAAUCCUUCCGAUUCAUUGAAUGGAUUGGGAGUCAGCGACUUUGCUUCUGUUCUGGCUUCAGAUAGCAGGGAAGGAGAGAGCCUAAUGGUAGCAAGUGCAAUAUGGCUGCUGUUAGUGACUUGUUCCAUAAGCAGCUUUGUGGGUUCCCUGAGCCAGUGCAGAUUAUCUACUGACCUUAUGCAUCUGGUAAUCUACCAGGACACUGUACACUGUGACUAACUUGAUCCUCCUCUAGUCAAGGGACACUUGGAGCCAAGUGGCCAAUAUACUGUGCUUUGUUGCAGCCAACUUAUGGUGA